CACUGAUGAGGAGGCACUGAUAGGUGGCACUGAUGGGCAUUGACAGGCAUCACUGAUGGGCACUGAAAGGCAGCACUGAUAUAUGGCACUGUUAGGUCGCACUGAUUGGCAUUGAUAGGUGACACUGACUGGCACUGAUGGGUGACACUGAAAGGCAGCUCAGAUGGGCACAGAUAUGUGGCAUUGAUGUGCACUGAUAGCUGGCACUGAUGGACACUGACAGGUGGCACUGCUGGGACUACACUGAUCAUCAGGGCACACUGAUCAUCAGUGUCCUGAUGAUCAGUGAGAGGAGAGCCGGAAACUGGCAUUCCGCGGAGGGGACAUGUACACUGAUCAUUAGGGCCCUGAUGAUCAGU